GAGAGAGAGAGAGAGAGAGAGAGAAACACAGCUCAGAGAGCACAGAUUGUAAAAGGACAAGUGUGAAAACUGAAAAGGAGAGGCAAGGAAGAAAAGGGAAAGAGGAGUCACAUGAUUUCCAACAAUCCAAGGAAGCAGUAGUUGUAUGAUCUGUAUCCAUAAUCAACAUACAGCAACCUGAUUAAGAGGACAUCACUUAUCAGUCUUGGGAGUUUAAGAAGCUAGCUGGAGCUAGCCAUGACCAAUGAGCAAGAUUAUGGUGAUCAGGAAGAAAACACAUCAGAGGGGUCUUCCCAAUUAAAAUGCUCAUCCUUUGAUUUGAAUAAAGAAGCUGGUAGUGACAAUUGUGAUGAUACCAAGUUUGAAGAAUUCGAACUGAGUGUGGACGAAGACGACGAAAAAAGAGGUCGAGGGAAUAUCAAUAGUAGUACUGCAUCCAGUGCUGAAGGAAAUGAAGGGCGGAGAGGGAAAGUAAGGCAAUAUGUGAGAUCGAAAAUGCCUCGUCUCCGGUGGACACCUCAACUGCAUCUUUCUUUUGUUCAUGCUGUUGAAAGACUCGGUGGCCAAGACAGAGCAACUCCCAAGUUAGUUCUUCAGCUCAUGAAUGUGAAAGGACUUAGCAUUUCGCAUGUAAAGAGUCACUUGCAGAUGUAUCGAAGUAAGAAGCUUGAUGGGGAUGGUCAAGUGCUAUCUGAGAAACAAGAAUCCACGCAUGGGAGAGAUCACAUAGCUUGCAUGUUACACCAAAAAAUUAAGCAGCCUCAUCAACAUGUGUACUUUAGAACGGACAACGGUGGCAUUGUUGUAGCGACACCUUCACACGACCACAGACAAUCACUACACUCAGAUUUUAAACCUAACCUUCCAAGGUCAUCAUGUUCUCUACUAAACAAAGAAGUUGUACAAGGCAACAAAUCCAGGGAAAUGACGGUGCGAUCGACUACUGUCCCCAUAAACCCUAGCAGGUUUCUUGAGGAAAAGAAAUGGCCUCCAUUUGGAAUGAUUAACAAACAACAAUGUUGGAGAGCUAAAAGAUUUCCUGCCAAAAUCAAUUGGUCACAUAAUUAUAAUGGCUCCCAAUCUGAUCAUCUAGUGCAUCAUAUGCGCACCACACCAAGGUUGAAUAAUGGGCAGUUUUUCCACAAUACAAGAUCAACAGAAUGGAACCUUGGAGAGAACAUGAACACAAGGCGGUUUCCAACAAAUUCACACAAUUCUAUCAGCAAUUCCAGUUGCCACAAAACUGAAUUCGAGCCCCCAUUUAGGCUUGAGUUAAACGAAGAAAAGAUUUUGAAGUACAAGGAAUGGAUGCCUGAAUUGGAAUUGGGUCUCAGCCAAAGAGUUGAGAAUCAUGAGAAGACGAUUUUCCAAAAUCUGAUGGUUAGUGAAGAAGCUUAUGAAACUUCCCAAAGAAUUAAACAAAACUAUUACAAAGAGCUUGAGGACAGGAGCAAACAGGAAAUUAGCACCAAGCUUUCUCUCUCUCUCUAAUUAUUGUAGAGCAAUGCAAAUAGUCAUGAAUAUAGGGGGGGUAUAUCCAAACACAAUUAAUUCCAGUGUAUACGAAUCAAUGUCAUGUAGCCAGGCCACAUUGAAGCUGAAGUUCUUAACGUACGUAUGUGAUGAAAACCAAAACUAUACGAGUGAUGAAGUCUCUUGUUUUGAAUUUA